CCUGCUCUCCACCAGACCUUGACCUCCAGGUGACUCUCAGCCAUGAGGACCCUCGCCCUCCUCGCUGCCCUUCUCCUCUUGGCCCUCCAGGCCCAGGCCGGGCUCCUCCGAGAGACAGUUGACCAGGCUCCCGCCCAAGACCUGCCCGAGGCUGAGGACCAGGAACAGCCUGGAGCCACAGGCCAGGACAUGGCCAUCUCCUUUGGAGGAGAUGACCGCCUCGCUCGAGACGCCUCAGGCCUUCAGAGAGUAAGUGUCUGCUACUGCAGAUUCCCGACCUGCCUUUCAUCUGAGUAUUACUAUGGGAGAUGUUUCUUUAAUGGCAUCAUAUACAACCUUUGCUGUCGCUGAGCUUUGCAGACUGUGACCCAAGCAGUGCGAGGUUCCCCUUGAUGACCUGGAAAAGCAUUUAUAUUUUCAGCCUUGUACCUUUUCUUGUUU